AUAUACCUAUAAACUGGUUUCAUUUCAAGUUCUAAGGUUUAAGCUUUUCCAGUAACUUAUUUUUAUUCUGUUGCAAGUAUUAUAAGUUCAUGGUUCUACUUCAUAUGACUUUGGAACCGACGAACGCCAUUUUCGGAAAUGGUGAUAUGAUCGGACGUUAAUUGCUGAUGUCUGUUUAUACAACCAUUUGUAAAUAAAUUAAGUAGUUUUCCGUGUGCGGAUUUCUGAGACACUGAGCUGUAUUUGGAAUACCUACAGUUAAUUUCAGUUGUUUGCAGUUCUGCCCCACAACAAAAUGAGUUACACAAUGCAGCCACAGCAAGCUAGGCCAAUGUCUCAUGGCAAAUACCAGAGCCCUGGUGACCUGCCAUUGGGAUCUGCCAAGGAGCAGACUAUUAUGUGGCAACAGAAUUCUUACCUGGGAGAUUCUGGAAUCCAUUCAGGUGCCACAACACAGGCCCCAUCACUCACUGGCAAAGAGGAAGAUAUGGAAUCAGAACAGCUUAUGUUUGAUCUUGACCAAGGAUUCACACAGGGUUUCACACAAGAUCAAGUUGAUGAGAUGAACCAACAGCUGAGUCAGACACGCUCACAGCGUGUCCGGGCUGCUAUGUUUCCUGAAACACUGGAAGAAGGAAUUGAAAUACCAUCAACUCAAUUUGAUUCUGCUCAGCCCACUGCUGUUCAGAGAUUGGCUGAACCAAGCCAGAUGCUGAAACAUGCUGUUGUGAAUCUCAUCAAUUACCAGGAUGAUGCUGAUUUAGCCACUCGAGCUAUACCAGAACUCAUAAAACUUUUGAAUGAUGAGGAUCAAGUUGUUGUGUCUCAAGCUGCCAUGAUGGUGCACCAACUGUCGAAGAAAGAAGCCUCCAGGCACGCCAUAAUGAAUAGUUCUCAGAUGGUUGAUGCUUUGGUUCGAGCAAUCUCCAGCAGUAAUGACCUGGAGUCUACAAAAGCAGCUGUUGGAACUCUUCAUAAUUUGUCGCAUCAUAGACAGGGGUUGCUUGCUAUAUUCACGAGUGGUGGUAUUAUAGCAUUGGUGAAACUGCUCAGCUCUCCUGUGGAAUCUGUGUUGUUCUAUGCAAUUACUACACUCCAUAACCUACUGCUUCAUCAGGAUGGCUCCAAAAUGUCAGUUAGACUUGCCGGGGGUUUGCAGAAAAUGGUGGCUCUCCUGCAACGCAAUAAUGUCAAGUUUCUGGCCAUUGUGACAGACUGCCUGCAGAUCUUAGCCUAUGGAAACCAAGAGAGCAAACUGAUAAUUCUUGCUUCACAGGGUCCAGUAGAGCUUGUUCGCAUCAUGCGUUCUUAUGACUAUGAGAAGUUGCUCUGGACCACAUCACGUGUAUUGAAAGUUCUGUCCGUCUGCUCAAGCAACAAGCCAGCUAUUGUGGAAGCUGGAGGAAUGCAGGCGCUGGCCAUGCACCUUGGUCAUCCAAGUCAACGUUUAGUUCAGAAUUGUCUGUGGACUCUGAGGAACCUCUCAGAUGCUGGAACAAAAGUGGAUGGUCUUGAAGGUCUGCUACAAAGUUUGGUCCAGCUUCUGGUAUCCACUGAUGUGAAUGUAGUGACAUGUGCUGCUGGCAUCUUGUCGAACCUGACAUGCAACAACCAACGCAAUAAAGUGACAGUAUGCCAAGUGGGUGGUGUGGAUGCUCUGGUGCGUACCAUCUGCAAUGCUGGCGAUCGUGAGGAGAUAACAGAACCUGCUGUGUGUGCCCUGCGCCAUUUGACAUCCCGACACGUCGAAUCAGAGAUGGCUCAGAAUGGCGUGCGUCUAAAUUAUGGCAUGCAAGUGAUUGUAAAAUUGCUACAGGCUCCAUCUCGAUGGCCACUUGUGAAAGCAGUAAUAGGCUUGAUCCGAAAUCUGGCUCUUUGCCCAGCAAAUCAUGCCCCUUUGCGUGAACAUGGAGCCAUCCAUCACCUUGUUCGUCUUCUGACAAGAGCUUUCCACGAUACACAAAAGAGAUCCUCAGUUGCUAGCACUGGAAGCCAGCAACCUGGGGCAUAUGCUGAUGGAGUGAGGAUGGAGGAGAUAGUAGAAGGAACUGUUGGGGCUCUGCAUAUCCUGGCCAGGGAAUCAAACAAUCGGACUAUCAUAAGAGGACUCUUGGUUAUCCCAAUAUUUGUGCAGUUGUUGUUUAAUGAGAUAGAAAAUAUCCAGCGAGUGGCUGCAGGAGUACUGUGUGAGUUGGCCGCUGACAAGGAAGGUGCCGAGAUGAUAGAGCAGGAAGGAGCCACAGCUCCAUUGACAGAGUUGCUGCAUUCACAUAAUGAAGGUGUUGCAACAUAUGCAGCAGCUGUUUUAUUCCGAAUGUCUGAAGAUAAACCGCAGGACUACAAGAAGAGGUUAUCCAUGGAAUUAACCAAUUCCCUCUUCCGUGAAGACCAGAAUCUUUGGAAUGGAGGUGAUCUUGGGAUGGGUCCAGAUUUGCAGGAUAUGCUUGGCCCUGAUGGUAUGUAUGGACAGGGACCGCCUAGUGUACAUAGCAGUCAUGGCGGCAGGCCCUACCACCAGCAAGGUUAUGACCAGAUACCAAUAGAUUCCAUGCAGUGUUUGGAGAUUGGCUCUCAUCAUGGAGCUGGAGGUGGGGGAGGCUCAACAUAUGGGCCCAUGGAUGCCAUGGAUGUUGGCGGACCAGAUUCUUCCGACCUCAACUUUGACCACCUUGAUGAGCUGCCUCAGCCCCCACAAGACAACAAUCAGGUGGCAGCUUGGUAUGACACUGAUUUGUAGUAGUUUGGCUAAAUUUUGCCAGUUGUUGAUGAACAUUGUAUGCAUCAUUUUGUGGCUGAUUGGCUAGUCGAUGAGCAUGGAUCUACAGAGGGGCAUUUGGCCAUGCUUGUAGUGUUAGAAAAAAUGGAAAAAUUCAUAAAGAGAUGUAAGUGUAUGAAAGUGACACUAUAUUGUCCCACUAAUUAUGGGUACAUAGAUACAAGUCAUAAACACUUACUCAUUGAUCUUCAGCUAAAAUUGAUGGUGUGUAAACUUGUUAGUGUGAUUAUUUUAAUUCUUUGUUCAACAUUUCCAAAGUCUGAAUCAUAGAAAGGAGUGAUGUGAAGACAGUUGGGUGAGUCCAAAAUUAAGUGCCCACCUCCUUGUAUAACCAUCAGUCAGGAUUACUGAAAAUUUGAGGAUGUCACACAUUCUACUUUUGUAGACUAAGAUUGCUUAAAAAUCUGUACAAUUCCUUCUUUGUUGAGUAAUAAUAUUGCAUUAUUGCAUGUUUCUAAGUCAACAUUCUCAGACACAUGACAAAAAAAUUUUAAGUAACAUCUGAUCCUCUUCUUUCCCCUCAAGAAACCUUUUGCUGUGUGGAGGUCAGAGUGGAAUUGAUCAUCUGAGUUUUAAACACACGUCCUGGUAUUCAGCCAUUCUGUUUGUAGCAGCGUGAGGUCUGUUAGGUGAAAAUGAAAUCACACCUCUUGUUAACCCUUUAACUCCCGAGUUUUAACCCACUUUGCGCAUGUCCCAACCCAGGUUUUUAAUCACUCACUGGGAUCGGUAAAAAUCAUGCUUCUGUAGCACAAAAUUCGUGUCAUUCACCCAUAUUGUACGUGGAAUUACAUUUUGUGGCUGUAACCUUCCCCCACUCUCUCUCUCUCUCUCUCUCUCUCUCUUUCUAACUCUAAAAAAAGAAUGUCAGAGCAGCCUCGUCGUCGCCUUCUUCCUUUUCCUCUCGUUCUGUGUCGUCACUGCUUUCGACAAUAUUGUUGAUAGCAAAGUCAUAAUAGCUGUCUUCAUAAAAGGAAUGUUAUCAUUACCUAAAACAUCUAAAAUCUCAUCUUCAGUCGUGCUAUGUUUACUACUUGAAGCCAUUUUGACAGACAGCUGUCAAGAAAAAUCACGAUCACAAAAAAAACAUCGACAUCUCAAGCGCAGCAAUCGAUAGAAUUGUCUAAUGCAUGUAGAACGAUCGUUGUUAAUUCCAUCUAGUGGUAAACUAUCAAAGUACGUCGCCAGAAUAUACUCGGGAGUGGGACACAAUGCAACAUUUUAAUUCCGAGUCAACUCGGGGUUGGGACGGCGGAAGCCAUGUUGGCCUUCCGAGUUAACUCGAGUUUGGGAUGUAAAGGGUUAAUAGUAAGAGUACUGAUCAGUUAUUGAGUGUUUUACAUGUAACAGAAGUAAGUGUUCAGAAGUGGGUGGCAUCAGUUAAUUAACAUUUUUGUCAUCCAUUCUUUCGUACUUUGAAUUAAGCUUGAAACUGUCAUGUCCUUAAAUUGGUGUAGUUUAAAACUAUUUUGUUUAAUUUUGCAUACGUCUUACACAGUCAAACCCCGGUUCACGAACGCCUCGGAUCACGAACAAUUCAGUUUACGAACAAA